CGCCCCAAUGCUAUUGAAUCUUUUAAGCUUGGCAAGAAUAUGUUGUGGGAUGGGCCCUCUGACGAGGAAACUUGCAUUUCACGAUCAACAUACGAACCACCUUCUCCUGAUUACUGUCCUUCUCCUUCUUUUAACUGGCCUAAUUCUCCUCCUGUUUACUGUCCUAAUUCUCCUCCUGUUUACUCUCCUCCUUCUCCUGUUUACUCUCCUCCUUCUACUCCUGACUAUGACUAUGCACCUAUCUUUGACAAUGAAUUCCCUUUGACCUCCUUUCCCUACGAUGAGCCAGCUAAGAGUUAUUAUAGAGUGGAUGAUGAGCUGUUUGGUAAAGUUGGGCUUCACUGCUACAAUCUCCAAAAUCGGACAAACCUUGAAUUUUUCUGCCUAGACGACGAGGAAUAUCCUAGGCUUGUAAAAUUUUAUGCAAGGGAUCCAACUCGAGAGUUUUCCAUUUACGAGUUUUCCAUUGGCGAGUUCUUAACAAGGGUAGUUGAGUCUGUGAAACUACGUUGCACUGAAACGGGUACGGGAACAGGAAUCGGGUACAGAAACGGGGACGGAAAACGUCAAAGUAAAAAUUAG